CGUACUCCGAUGAUCUGACGUUUUCUAUCGCGCCGGCUGGGAUGGUGCGUUCAGUUUCGCGGUUGCUGUAUGAAACAACCAAUGACAUUCAUUCAGUAAGCCACGUUUGUUACACUCGCAAGACGAGACAAAGAUCCCCCGUGUAGCCUUAACAGACUUAUUGGGGCAAGUGCCGUUAGUGAGGACUGGCACAGCACACGAGGGGUUGGAUGGUCAGAACCACGCCCGACCACCUUUGUCUCCCUGAGUGGCGAUGUUUACACAUCGCACCAGGUACUCAUUUGAAGCUGAGUCGCCCUAGGGGAGGUCCAGGACUGGUUCAGAUCAUGAAUCAUCACUGUGAUUGGCCGUGAACGGGUAUGGAUCUCGGGUCGCCGGGUUCGUUCUACAGUGCGCUAACCACGACACUCCCGCUCCCCCUACACUCACACACACUGAUACACAGACACACGUUGACAAACACGCCAACUCCACAGACGCAAACUCGCACGACGCACAGAAAUACACACAUGCAGACGUGCACACACAUGUACGCAAGCAUACGAACACGCACAUUGGCACAAAUAUUGACACACGCAGAAAAAUAAACACGCACUUACACGCACACACAAGCACACUGGCACACACACACACACAACUAAACACGUCCACACAAACUCACGCUGACACAAACUGACACAAAGACACCGUGACACACACACACGCGCGCGCGCGCACGCGCGCUGUACCGCGCACACACCACGCACUUGCAGAGCGAGCGCCGAUGGCCGAGCGGCCGAGCCACCACCACGUGAACGGCGGCUCGGACGCCGGGGCCCACGGGGACGGGGCCGCCUCGGCGGGCCCGACGGACCGGGGGCCGGGGCCGGGGGCCGGCACGCCGGACUCGCUGCUGGAUGUGCAGGACUCGGUGGACGCUCACCUCGCCCUCAAGGGCAUCAACAUGCUGCUCAACAACGGCUUCAGGGACGCCGACGAGCUCUUCCGCCUUCACAGGACGUCGGGGCCGUUGAUGAGCUUCGGGGCGAGUUUCGUCAGUUUCCUGCAAGCGCUCAUGACGUUCGAGGAGGAGAAGCUGCACACGGCCUCCGAGGACCUGCGCAGCACGGAGCGGCUGUGCGGUGCCGACGAGGUGGGAGUCAUCGACGCCAUCAAGAGCAAGAUGAAGAAGAGCGCGGAGGACGCGAAGCCCUCGCCGACGCUGGAGGAUCGCCUGCAGAGGCAGAUCAUCGUCGCCGACUGCCAGCUCUACCUGGCCGUGCUCGCCUUCGUCAAGCAGGAGCUGUCAGGUGUGCGCGCUCGCGCGGCGCCGUGGAGCUCCGAUGAGCCCGCUGGAGCGUACAUCAAGGGCGGCUGGAUCCUGCGCAAGGCGUGGAAGGUGUACGACCGGUGCUACCGCGAGGUGAGCGAGCUGCACGCCGCCUCGCACCGCCGUCAGCAGCAGCAGCUGGCGCUCACCGACACUGCCGCCUCCGACACCACCACCACCAGCAGCAGCACCACAACCGCCGCCGGCACCACCGCCACAACCGCCGGCACGGACGGGAACUCGAACCUGCGCCGGACAUCAACCGCAUCGGAGCGCGGAGCGGCCGAGGCUCGGCUGGAGGCGGAGCUGGGCUCGGCGUCGCACGCCACCCUGCAGCGCCUGAUGGGCGCCGUGAGCUUCGGCUACGGCCUCUUCCACCUCUGCAUUUCCAUGGUGCCACCCAACCUGCUCAAGAUCGUCAACCUCCUGGGCUUCCCCGGGGACCGGCAGCAGGGCCUCAGGUCGCUCGCCUACGCAAGCCAAAGCCGAGACAUGAAGGCGCCGCUCGCCACGCUGGCGCUGUUGUGGUACCACACGGUGGUGCGCCCGUUCUUCGCGCUGGACGGGGACGACAUCCAGGCGGGGCUGUGGGAGGCCGAGGAGAUCCUGCGGCAGAAGGAGGCGCUCUACCCCAACUCCUCCCUCUUCCUCUUCUUCAAGGGCCGCGUGCAGCGACUGCGGUGCGAAAUCAACAGUGCCUUGACGUCCUUCCGGCUGGCGCUGGAGUGCGCCAGCGAGCAGAGGGAGCUGCAGCACGUGUGCCUCUACGAGAUCGGCUGGUGCAGCAUGCUGCAGCUGGAUUUUGGCGAUGCGGCCGAAUGCUUCGCUCGGCUCAAGACGGAGUCUCGCUGGUCCCAGUGCUACUACGCCUACCUGACAGCAGUGUGCCGGGGAGGCACGGGGGCUCUGGAGGACGCGCAGCUCGUCUUCAAGGAGGUGCAGAAGCUGUUCAAGCGCAAGAACAAUCAGAUCGAGCAGUUCGCCGUACGCAAGGCCGAGCGCUUCAAGAAGACGCAGCCGACGCAGCAGCUGUGCGUGCUGGCGGCCGUGGAGGUGCUCUACCUGUGGAGGGCCCUGCUCAACUGCUCGCCCACGCACCUGCAGCGCAUGCUGACCGUGUGUGAAAGCGUGGACGACUUGUCAUCAGCUGGCAUCAAGUGUCUCCUCAUGGGCACCAUCAACAAGACACUGGGCAACCGGGAAGAGUCCAUCCAGCUCUUCAAGCAGGCGUUCUUAGACGGUUCGAGCCGCCAGCACAACGCCUACGUGCAGCCAUUCGCCUGCUACGAGCUGGGCUGCCUGCUCAUCGAGGUGCCCGAGACCACGGGGAGAGGCAAGGCAUUGCUCCUUCAAGCCAAGGACGGCUUCACGGAGUACGACUUUGAGAACCGCCUGCAGGUGCGAAUCCACGCUGCUCUCGCUCCGCUCAAGGACGUCAGCCCCCAAUAGCGACCGCCCCCCAACUUCCCACGUGACGCCCCUUUUACACCACUCCGCCGACCGCCGCAGCCGCCCUCCUCCACCCCUCCCCCCACCGCGGCCCCCAACCUCUGAUCUCCUGACCUAUUCUGGUCUCCACCGGGGUCGCGAGACGCCCACACCUCCCCAAGCGAACACCUCCGCCUCCCACCGACAGCUGCACCCACCACCAGCGCCCACCCCGAAGCGACGAAGCGGCUUUGCACUUCCUCCCUCCUGCCCCCCCCCCCCCCCACGGAGCGACAGAUGGGAGGGCAAGGUGGAACAGGGUCGAGAGUUCAGAUGGCGGACUGUGAAGGACGAAGAAGACCGGGCUUUCCCAAAUUGGAGUCGCACAUCGUGGCGCUGCCUUUCCACGCUUUGCCCGCCUUCUUCGUUCGAAUGCGAAUGAAGUAGUUGACACGCUGCACGAGCCCGAUGAUUGCUACACGCGUCGCACGUGUCGUAGAGAGCUGUGGAUUCGUAUUGAGACGGAGCGUGUGUGUGUGUGUAUCUACGUGUGCAACGAUCAGCAUGCUGCCCUACGGACCCAGCGACCCGAGUUCGAUUUCCGCAACACACCAGUGGCGACUACCUGAAUCAGUUCUGGGCCUUUACACUCCAGAGCAGGAACUCAAAUGAGUACCUGCUGCGGAGUGUAAACAUCGACCACUUCGGGAGACAAGCGGUCGGGCGUGCUGUUGACCACUCUCUCCUUCGUGUGCUUGCUAACAGCACUUGGCCCAACAGUCUGUUAAGGCUAUACGGGUGAUCUUCGUUCUUUUUUUUCUCCACGUAGAGAGCGCGAAUUUGCGUUGAGAUAGCGGUGUGUGUGUGCGCGUGUGGCUUGCAAUGACCAAUAAUGUUCAUCCCAGUUAACGUUGCAGAGCUUUCUAAAAGAACACUUCGGCCGUGUUCAUCAGCAAAUGAAGAGACCAAUUUCCUGUUGUACAGUCGUUGUGCAACACAGGACCCCCCAUCGCACAUUGCCGCGUGCUAAAUCGUACCCCCCCCCCCGAUCAUACGUCACAUGCUUAACUUACGUCAACCCAGUGCCGGAUUAUCCUAGUAGCACAAGUAGCUACACAUGCUACGGGCCCCGCACUUUCAAAGGCCCCGCGCUAAAUGCUUUCAAGUUAUCAAUUCCGGUUCAGCGAUUCUGCACUUGCUCUAUUACUAUAGUACUAUACCGCCUUCAACUUUUACGAACGACUGGGUGUUUAAGGUUGGCGAUUUGUCGUAUUAUCUGGCUGUAUAGCAAAUGAAAAAAAUACAAUUACUUUACUACGCACGAUAAAUAUUUAUGUGUUUUAAUAUUAUGUUUUAAUUUAUUCAGGGCCCCUUUAUAACAUAUGCUACAGGCCCCGCACUAGCUUAAUCCGGCACUGGGUCAACCCCGGUUUACCCAUCAUGGGGUGCGUGCAGCGUUAAGUUCCACCUUUUAAAUUUGUGUUUUAAACGCAAAAGGGGUACGGGGGGCCCGGCACGCGCGUGCGGAUUGGAGCUUGGAAAAAAAGCACGUGACCGACGACGUGACAGUUUGGCGGGGGGUGGGGGUGCCGAUGUCUGUGUGCGUGUCUUGGUCUGUGUGUGUGUCUUUGUCUGUGUGCGUGUCUUUGUCUGUGUGCGUGUCUUUGUCUGUGUGCGUGUCUUUGUCUGUGUGCGUGUCUUUGUCUGUGUGUGUCUUUGUCUGUGUGUGUCUUUGUCUGUGUGUGUGUGUCUUGUGUUUUUUACAUCGUAGUUUAGUGGUUGUUCAUUGAAGGUGGAGGGGUUACCAGCCCCCUCGCACCCAUCCAGAGCCCCCAUUUGGCCGCUGUGGUGGUCACAAACGCCAUGAAGGGAAAGGCCAAUCUAAAUUGGCCCUCCCCCCAUGGCACUGCCCACCACAGCGUUGCCGUCCUGCACCACGAGGAGACCUCCUGCCAGCGGGCGUUCGACACUUCACGUGGCCUCAACGUGCACAUAGUCUGGCACAAGCGUCGUGGUGACGUCACCGCCACUUAGUGGCGAAUGGCGAUUGUUGGUGUGUGUGUGUGUCUGAGUGUGUGUGUCUGUGUGUGUGUCUUGAGUGUGUCUGUGUGUCUGAGUGUGUCUGAGUCUGUGUGUCUGUGUGUGUGUCUGUGUGUGUCUGUCUGUGUGUGUCUGUGUGUCUGAGUGUGUCUGUGUGUCUGAGUGUGUGUGUGUGUCUGUGUGUGUGUAUCUGUGUGUGUGUGUCUGUGUGUCUGAGUGUGUCUGUGUGUCUGAGUGUAUCUGUGUGUCUGAGUGUGUCUGUGUGUCUGAGUGUGUCUGUGUGUGUGUGUCUGAGUGUGUCUGAGUCUGUGUGUGUGUCUUGAGUGUGUGUGUGUCUGUGUCUGAGUGUGUGUGUGUCUGAGUGUGUGUGUCUGAGUGUGUGUGUCUGAGUGUGUCUGUCUGAGUGUGUGUGUCUGAGUGUGUCUGUGUGUCUGAGUGUGUCUGUGUGUGUCUGAGUGUGUGCUCGGAUGCCGCCGCCGUCAUCGAUUCCUGGAGUCGUUUUUCUCCCCCAACUCCACUACCCCCCCCCUUCCCCGUCGAUUGCGCUUGUGAAUGGGCCGAGCCCCCCCCCCCCCCCCCCCGAUAAGUUUUACUGAAUUCUAAAAAGGGGUCGAUUGAACGAUUCCGUUCGGUUUUGUGUAGAUUCCAUGAAUCGUCCCAGGUUUGACCCUCGACAUUAUCAUCAUUCACAUGCUGCUUGCUGCUGCUUGCACACCCCGUCAUUAAGUUAUGUAUGCGUCGUCAAAGCGAUUCUAUUGUGUUCUUAACCCUGUUGUGUUGUUUUAUCGAUAACCAAGAAUUGACCGCAAAUUGAACGGUCCACGUGGCUCUCACGCCAUUGGUCAGACUUCACGAGGUGGGGGGGAAGCUCUCCCAUUGGUCAGCUUGGUGCCCCGCCUACCAGCCUAGGACUCCGCCCACCAGCCUGGGACUCCGCCCCUACCCUACGGAUGUCAUUAUCAAUGAGGAUUUCAUUGGGGGGGUGAGGGCAGAGGUCGCAAUCGGGUACCCGAUACCCGGCUACCCGUACCCGGCCGGGUACGGGUACCCGUUUGCGACCCUGGUGCGGCCGGGUACGGGUAAGGAAUCAAAACCCGUUUGCGACCUCUGGGUGAGGGUGAGAUCGCGUAUAUAUAGAUGUGUCGUUAAACCCGCCACCACCCGACACGGCUAAUGAGUAAGGUUUAGUCAGGUAAACACAACAUGGCAGUUAGCUACUCGUCCAGCACGCCGGUUUGUUGGAGAGUUAAUCUACUUCCGUGACAAACCUUAUUAAGCUGUGUCGGGUGGUGCCGGGUGUCACAACACAUUUUUAUUUACUUGAUCUAACACAAAAAAACCUCUUAUGAAUGAUAUUGGUCGCGAAAGCCUGCUACAUGUUAAACUGAUUUCAUAAUCCUUCGCUAUUCAUUUGCGAUGGGAAUUCCCCCUUAUCUCUCCCCAAUGUGAAACGAUUCCAGUAACCGAUUCCACAAAAUUGUCAUCAUCAUCGUCGUCUCUCGCGUGUGUGCGCGCCUGUAAGCAUUGCCCGGCCUCAAUAUAAGUCGAGAUAUUAACUCCCUCGCCUCGUAUGCAGGAAGCCGUGGGUUCGAUCCCGACCCUGACUGCCUGCUGUAUAUUUGGAGUUCGUGGUGUGUCUCUCUCUCCGUGGUCGCGUGGAUUUUUCUCCGGGUUCUUCCGGGUUUCCACUCCACAUUUAGAAUCAACAUCACGCGCUCAGAGUAUUUGGCCGCUGUACCAUUUUUACGUGACGAUAAGCGACGUAUUUGAGCUGUCAUAUGUGGCCAGGUCGCUUUCUUGAAAAAGCGCCGUAGAGCUCAGUGGGCCUUAAAGAAAAGAACACAGUCGUGGCCGGGGGGGAUUAAUUUAUCGCUGAAUAUAUUUCCAGCCUCGCCGCGAGUAGAGGUGGCACGUGACUUAACAGCGGGAGGGAUGGCUACUGGACGUGGUGUGCCGGGUGCCGAGCUAUUUCGUGGGUCGCCGAUCCGGACCAGCCCGGCUAAAAAAAAACAUCAAUUUCCCCUGUGUAUCAGGAGGUGGUGGGGGAAUGUACAGCCCACUUCAUUUCACACGGCACACAGCCGUGUGUGGUCUAACACUUCAGACACGGCCCGCAAACGAUGCACGUACUGUAUAUAUAUCCAUCCGUCCGUCACUGCGACCAUCUGAACUGCGCUAGUUUCGGAUACUUUUUGAUUUGGAAACACAAUGUCCCUUGCACUUUGUGUCGCGCUCAGUCGCGCCCGUCGUCUUAGUUGUGAGCGCACAGGCGAUGCGCGUGUUGCAGUCCCAAGCGUGUCUUGUUGCCCGCCAAAGGUUUGUUUCUUAACAAACAAAAACCAUCCUAUUGGCUCCUCGGUAAAGAAACGGAUUUCCCCCCGCCCCUGGCCAUACAACAUGGAUGUUUGUGCCACCCACUUAGGGGCCAUCCAUUGAGUAGGUAACAGAGGUGGGACAAAGUCAUUGUUAUGCAAGUCCAAGUCGAGUCUGAAGUCAUCAAAUUCAUGACUCGAGUCUGACUCGAGUCCAAGUCACAUGACUCGAGUCCACACCUCAGAGGUGGGACAAAGUCAUUGUUAUGCAAGUCCAAGUCGAGUCUGAAGUCAUCAAAUUCAUGACUCGAGUCUGACUCGAGUCCAAGUCACAUGACUCGAGUCCACACCUCAGGUAGGUAACGCAAAAAAUUGUCAAAACUUGACCUCUCCCCCCCCCCUCCCUGUACGCACGCGAACUUUUGACCCCCCCCACCCACCUGCGUACGUAGAACGGACGAUAUUUAAUCCACGCAGAAACGAUCUAGGAGUAAUAAUAUUGACGUGUUUAAGCAAACAGAUAGUCCACACCGCCGGAAUAUCUAACUCAUUUUAAGUCCAAUGUAGACAAAUAAAUUUAUUAUCGAGGCUAUGCGUACGCACAUUGUCAAUAGACCCCCCCCCAUACGCAAGCGUACGCAUUUGGGUUAACCGCCCCCCUCCAUGCGUGCGUACUAAAUGGAUGGGCCCUAACGCACCGCUGCGAACGACACGACAAUUCGGAGUGGCGGCCGGCGGCGUUUCCCAGUAGGCGGGGGUUGUUGACUUCUCGGCGGCCCGGCGUCUACGCCGCUGCUGCUGCCGCUGCUGCUGCCGCCAGACUCCUCGGCGUGCCGUCCUCUCUCUCUCAGCCUGAGCCAAUUGGCCUCGGAACCCGCGAGCCGUGUCUGCUGCUGUUCCCCCCCCACCACCAUCAUCCCUCCUUGCUGCGCGCAGAAAAUGCAGGGGCAGGCGGCCCUCGUUGGUAAACGAAACCGGUUUCGCCCAGCGUUUGAUAAACUCACAAUUUCAAUGAAGUCUUCACAUGCCGCAUGCACACGAUGUUUGGUGAAGAGGAGUCGGUGGCCUAAACCCGCUGCUGUAGCACCACGCCACGUUGGCCGGAGCACCCGACUCGCAGUUUAAGGAGCUCAAAUCCUGGAUGGAGGUUAACUCUGCAUAUCGUCCCUCUGGGGUCAACACUGGUUGUGCUAUGGGUAGACUUGUCCUUGCCUUAGGAAUUUCCACCGCUGGUUCAGGGCCUGGUAUUUGGCAGACACUUCGUUGUGAUAUGGUUGCCUUGGGGUGCAUGAAAGUGAGAAAUAUAUUUUUUCUGAGAGCUCUGUUUCAUCACGGAUGGCCGAAACCCAGAUUUCAAUACGCAGGAUCUCAGCGGUGCCGGCUCCAGUGCUUGUGACCUCUGAGGGUAACCGGCCACCUUUGACCUCCUCUCUCACGUCCUCAACACGAGUGCCGACUGCAGGGUACAAACACAGCACAAAACGCGUGAGAGUUUGGAGCUAACGUCUUGUCCUGUCGCUGGCUGGAAACGCACUCCUGCAUUUUCAGCCAAGUGUCUCUUAGACCGAACGUUGUCAUCUUAAGGCGGUGUGUGUGAGAUAUACACAUACACAAGUAUAUAUAUAUAUACGUGGGUAUUUACACGUGUACAAGAUUCCAGGCUUGAGUCCGGAUUAACAUUUGGACGUGCACUCGUAGGAUGUGAAUCGUAAAUAGUUGUGAAACAUCUCUCGUGACAUUGUACAGCAGCAUCUCGGUGUUGGGUGUAGUGUGCUCUUUGACGUCGUGUUAUACGGACGGCUGAUGGUUGAGCGGCAUAACUCGCGUUAACGAAGGUACCGAACUCAAAUCAUGCCCAGGGUCGACUCAUCUCCACCAUUGUCAUCAUUUAUCAACAUCAUCAUGAACACAAUUAUCCAAUAAUUAUCAUCAUCCAAUGUCGGUCACCGUCAUCUACUUUGCAAUUAAAUCUCCAAUUGUUGCGCUUCGUAUUUGAAACGCAUAAACAAUAUCGUCAUACAAUCAUUGCACCAAUAACAUCAUCAUCUACAUAUCCACACCAUGCAAUAAGUUAAUACUAUCAAUAGCCUUGUUGUCCAUCUACAGCAUAUAAUUGUCAUGACCGUGCAAUAAUCAUCAUUAUACAUUUAUCAGCAGUAGCAGCCAUUUAUUUUUCAUCAUCAUCAUCGUCACCUCCUCUGUGGGGUGAGGCUGUUUGACCUCCCACCGCUUGCUGGGAGGCCAAACAGUGGUUGGUGGCUUCUGGAGCGGACUGGCUUCCGCCACGGGAAUGUGGAAUUCCCAUCACUGACUGGGGGGGGGGGGGGGGGCGGCCUCCUUGAGACACGAACACCACACGGUGUCUGUUUAAGCGUCGAGAUGACUUGUGAGAGAGUCUGGUCUCUAGCCCACGUGGGCAGACGCACGUGGGAUGCCCACGUGCGUGUCCCGGCGUGCGCGUGUGUGGCCCUCGCUCCCAAGUGCGUGUUUACCGUUAAAUGUGACAAACAUGGGGUUUGGAUUAUUAUUUAAGGAAUUGAUUUAUCCUUCGCUUUACGUGCAGUAGCGUCUGAUGAUUGAUGGCGCGGAGAAUUGCUCUGCUUUGUUAAGAUGAAAUAGGCGUUUAUUUAUUGCAAUGUGUCAGCUCGGACGCAUUCCCAGCUCCUGCCGAAACGGGUGCGAGGUGUACGACGCCUUACUGGCUGGUGGCAUUCUCCUACGCUGCGUUAUGGAGUGUUGUAUCGGCAGGGCAUUGUGUUCUUGCCUUAUCAUCAUCACCACCAUCACGAACAGCACCUUCACCAAUUGCUAUCAUCACAACCGCCCACCUCCGCUGCCACCUCAAACAUUACCACCGUCGUCAAAACCACUUCACCACCAGCAUCGUCACAACUGCCACCGUCUUCACCACGAUACCAUCACCACAACCCCUCUGGCAUCUGACCUCGGGCUUGCCGACAGGAGGUGGCAGCGCUGCAUGCAGUGAGAAAUACUGAACCAUAAUUCUACAGCCAAUCGGCAGCACGAGCCCCAAACUCCAACCACAACGCCAUCCCUCUGCCUUGGCAAUGGCACUGCCACCACGCCCACGAGUGAAUCCGUCAAUUGCGAAGUGUUGUGACCAACUCGCUCUAAAUGCACCUGGCCUCACAGAAUCCCGAAAGCUAAGCAGGUGCGGAUGAAGCCUGGUUUUAAUACAUGGAUCGGCGGUGACCACCACCAAGAGCUUACCAGGUGUUGUAGACGCAGGGUGGCCAGGUGUGGUCAGGAGAUGGCAGUGCUGAGUGCUACCUCUGCACGCGCGGUGGGUUUACUCCGGAUUUUCUGCCCACACGAAGCCAAACUCAUUGAUGGAAUUUCAUGUCCAGACAUCUAAACACAUUUGUUUAAUUUUGCCAGGUGGAGCCCACUGAGCCAUGAGCUCUUUUUCAGAGGCGGUUUGGCCACGUUUGGUAGCUCAUCUAAGUGGCUUAUAUGUGGGGAUGUAUAAAUGACCGCGUCUAAAUGUAGCAGCACCCUCUUGAAAAGAAGAGUCUUGAGACUCCGUCUGGCUCUCCUGGGCAAUUAACUGGAAUUGUUAUCGUUAUUUGAGAGUGGUUUUGGCUUACACAUGCGUGAUGGCAAUCCAAUGCUUCAGAGGUGGGGUUGGUGAAUGACGCAGAUCUCACCCCAUAAUGUUUUUGUGUGACAAGAAACCCCGCGGGGCUGUGUGUGUGUGUGAUGUGGCCAGUAUUUGACAGUUCAGCAAAUAGGCUGCUGGUCUGUCCGUGUAGCAAACGUUUGAGUGUUAUCCUUCUCGCUCGUAUUGGUCUUCGCCAGGUACUUUCGUCCUCACACGCAACGAAUACUGUCAUUUGUAUAAUAUCCCACUUGUCGGACGACUCCACUCGGAACAAUUCCUGCGACAUGGUUGAGACUGUUCUGGCCAAAGGACAUUGUUGUAUUAUCACUGUAUUUCUGUCGUUGCCCGAAUAUGUUAAUCGUCACCAGGAUUUAAUUCCAUCUUUGAAUUAUCUGGAGGUAACUCCCGGGACUCUCCCCUCCGGAAAAGG